CUUGACUGUCGCUGCCUGGCCAGCAAAGAUAUGAAAAUGAAAGUUGGAGCGUCUUAUUUGCCACAGGUUUGGUUUGAACAAACACUUACAUCUGGAUGUGGAACAAGCUGACGAGAUAAGGUUGCAGGUUUUCUGUCUGAGUUCAGCAGGAGAUGGCACUGCAGACUGAGUCAAUUGGUAAUGAAAGCUUGGAGAACUGGAAACCAAUUGGCUCUGGUGGAUUUGGUGAAGUCUACAAGGCCAGACACAAGAUAUGGAAGCAUGAUGUGGCCAUUAAGCUACUUCAUCAUGCUGCUGGGGACGGAGAGCUGCACAAGGAGGCUAAUUAUAUGGACAAAGUGUCCUGUGACUCUGUGCUGAGGGUUCAUGGAAUGUAUAAAGGAUGUCCACCAGAUGGACGGACAUCCACUCAUUUGGGAAUAGUCAUGGAGUUCAUGGAGAGAGGAUCUGUUGAAUCUCUGCUGAAGGCUCUGUCAGGUCCACCACCAUGGCCUCUGGCCUUCCGCUUGGCUCAUGAAGUCGCUCUAGGAAUGAACUUCCUCCAUUGCAAUAACAUUUUGCACCAUGACCUAAAGCCAAGCAAUGUACUGCUGAAUGGUGACCUUCAUGCCAAGUUGGCAGAUUUUGGUCUAUCCAGGGUUUCCACCAGCGCUUUGAGCAGUUCUGAAGAAAGGACCGAAGUGAAAGGAGGCACAUAUAAGUACAUGCCUCCUGAGGCUUUUAAUGCAUCAUAUCAACCUGUUCGUACCCUUGACAUAUACAGCUAUGGUAUCCUUCUGUGGUCUAUUGUUUGUGGAAAAGAGCCUUUCCCAGAUGCCACUCUAGCUCUUUUGGAACUGAGGAUCCCCAAAGGGGACAGACCUCCCUGUACUGAAAUAGACCAGACGAAGGCAGAAGGACUGAAAGAGCUGGUUGACCUCAUGAACAGGUGCUGGGAUGGAAAACCAUCCAACAGGCCGAAAUUUAAAGAAUGCCUUGAAGUUACUGAGGCCGUGUUCUCAAAGCACAAGAACGGGAUUCACGAUGCAGUGGGCCAAGUCAAGAAAAUAUUGGAUAAUCAACAUUCAUCCAGUUCAUCUGGUUCUACUCCUGAGAUGUCAGGACAGUCAGAGUCAAACGACACAGUUGAUGCCAGAUCUGCUAUGGAGGUUACACCACCCAGUAAUCGACGGUCCAACACAAGCAGGCAAUCUGAUGUUAUUCCUAAGACGCCAGGACAGCCAGCAAAUGAUACCGUGGAUGUCCCAUUGCAGAAUUCUGUCAGCAGUUCUGCUAGAAAUCUGACUCCUGCAGACAAAGCAAAGUUUGUUGACAAGAACAGGGCGAAGUUAAUACAAGAGGUUUCAGAAGUACUUGCAAUAGCAGAAGAGCUUGAAGACAUGGUCCAUCCCGAGGCUUAUUUAUCGAUUGAAGCUAAAUCAACAAGCCAAGAUAAAAUGAGGGAGCUCUAUGGAAGGACAUUGCGAUCAGGAGGGGAAAAGGUCAAAGCAGCCUUCUUUGAUGCUCUUAAAAAUCAUCAUAAGGAACUAGUGGAGAGACUUGUUCCAAAGCAGCUGUGAUGAUCCUGCAUUUUAUGCACAGAAGAAACUGUGCCAGAGAAAGAGUGGAGAAAAAAAAAAAAAAAA